GCUCGGUCUGCGGACCAUGGAGACCGGCGCUGGCCCGCAUCCUCUGCGCCUGUUGGUCUGCUUGACGCCGCUCUGUCUCGCAUUGCUUUUGGGACCCGGGAGGCCCGGGACCGCUGAGGAAGUCAUCCUCCUGGAUUCCAAAGCCUCCCAGGCUGAGCUGGGCUGGACUUCUCUACCAAGCAAUGGGUGGGAGGAGAUUAGUGGCGUGGACGAACAUGACCGACCCAUCCGCACAUACCAGGUAUGCAAUGUGCUGGAGCCCAACCAGGACAACUGGCUGCAGACUGGCUGGAUCAGCCGUGGCCGCGGGCAACGCAUCUUCGUGGAGCUGCAGUUCACGCUUCGAGACUGCAGCAGCAUCCCCGGUGCCUCGGGAACCUGCAAGGAAACGUUCAACGUCUACUACCUGGAAACCGAGGUCGACCUGGGUCAUGGACGUCUCGGUCCCGGCAGUCGGCCACGCAAGAUCGACACAAUCGCAGCAGACGAGAGCUUCACCCAGGGCGACCUGGGCGAGCGCAAGAUGAAACUGAACACAGAGGUGCGGGAGAUCGGCCCACUGAGCCGCAGGGGUUUCCACCUGGCCUUCCAGGACGUGGGCGCCUGCGUGGCACUGGUCUCCGUGCGAGUCUACUACAAGCAGUGCCGAGCCACAGUGCGGGGCCUGGCGGUGUUCCCAGCCACGGCUGCCGAGAGCGCCUUCUCCACGCUGGUGGAGGUGACUGGCACGUGCGUGGAACACUCAGAAGGGGAGCCAGGCAGUCCCCCACGCAUGCACUGUGGGGCCGACGGCGAGUGGCUGGUGCCCUUGGGCCGCUGCAGCUGCAGCGCAGGAUUCCAAGAACGUGGUGACACGUGUGAAGCCUGCCCCCCAGGGUUUUACAAGGUGUCUUCCCGGAGGCCCCUCUGCUCGCCCUGCCCCGAGCACAGCCGUGCCCUGGAGAACGCCUCCACCUUCUGCGUGUGCCAGGACAGCUACGCACGCUCGCCCAGCGACCCGCCCUCGGCCUCCUGCACCCGUCCGCCGUCGGCGCCGCGGGACCUGCAGUACAGCCUGAGCCGCUCGCCGCUGGCCCUGCGGCUGCGCUGGCUGCCCCCGGCCGACUCGGGCGGCCGCUCGGACGUCACCUACUCGCUGCUGUGCCUGCGCUGCGGCCGCGAGGGUCCGGCGGGCGCCUGCGAGCCUUGCGGGCCGCGAGUGGCCUUCGUGCCGCGCCAGGCGGGGCUGCGGGAACGCGCGGCCACGCUGCUGCACCUGCGGCCCGGGGCGCGCUACACCGUGCGCGUUGCGGCGCUUAACGGGGUCUCGGGCCCGGCGGCCGCCGCGGGAGCCACCUACGCGCAGGUCACCGUCUCCACCGGGCCCGGGGCACCCUGGGAGGAUGAGAUCCGCAGGGACCGAGUGGAGCCCCAGAGUGUGUCGUUGUCGUGGCGGGAGCCUAUCCCUGCAGGAGCCCCAGGCACCAAUGGCACAGAGUAUGAGAUCCGAUACUAUGAGAAGGGUCAGAGCGAGCAGACUUACUCCACAGUGAAGACAGGGGCACCUGCAGUCACCGUCACCAAUCUGAAGCCAGCCACCCGCUAUGUCUUUCACAUCCGAGCAGCUUCCCCAGGGCCCUCCUGGGAGACACAGAGCUUCAACCCCAGCAUCGAGGUGCAGACUCCAGGGGAGGCUACCUCAGGUUCCAGGGACCAGAGUCCAGCAGUUGUCGUCACCGUGGUGACCAUCUCAGCCCUCCUGGUCCUGGGCUCUGUGAUGAGUGUGCUGGCCAUCUGGAGGAGGCCCUGCAGCUAUGGCAAAGGUGGUCGGGAUGCCCAUGAUGAGGAGGAGCUGUAUUUCCACUUCAAAGUCCCCACACGCCGCACGUUCUUGGAUCCUCAGAGCUGUGGGGAUCCGCUGCAGGCAGUUCAUCUGUUCGCCAAGGAGCUGGAUGCGAAAAGCCUUACGUUAGAGAAGAGCCUGGGAGCAGGCCGCUUUGGGCAGCUGUGCUGUGGUUGCCUACAGCUCCCAGGCCGCCAGGAACUCUCGGUGGCUGUGCUCACACUAAGGGAUGGCUCCUCUGAUGCACAGAGGCUCAGCUUCCUGGCAGAGGCCCUCACAUUGGGCCAGUUCGACCACAGCCACAUCGUGAGACUGGAGGGUGUGGUCACCCGAGGAAGCACCUUGAUGAUUGUCACCGAGUACAUGAGCCACGGGGCCCUGGACAGCUUCCUCAGGCGGCACGAGGGACAACUGGUGGCCGGACAGCUGAUGGGGCUGCUGCCUGGGCUGGCAUCGGCCAUGAAGUACCUGUCAGAGAUAGGCUAUGUCCACCGGGGCCUGGCAGCCCGCCGAGUGCUGGUCAGCAGUGAUCUCAUCUGCAAGAUCUCCGGCUUUGGGCGGGGUCCCCGGGACCGAGCUGAGGCUGUCUACACCACCAUGAGUGGCCGGAGCCCAGCACUGUGGGCCGCCCCCGAGAUGCUCCAGUUUGGUCACUUCAGCUCUGCCAGCGACGUGUGGAGCUUUGGUGUCGUCAUGUGGGAGGUGAUGGCCUUUGGGGAGCGGCCCUACUGGGACAUGUCUGGCCAAGACGUGAUUAAGGCUGUGGAAGAUGGCUUUCGGCUGCCACCCCCCAGGAACUGCCCUCCCCUUCUGCACCGACUGAUGCUUGACUGCUGGCAGAAGGAUCCAGGUGAGCGGCCCAGGUUCUCCCAGAUCUACAGCAUCCUGAGCAAGAUGGUGCAGGAUCCAGAGCCCCCGAAGUGUGCCACAGCCACCUGUCCCAGGCCUCCCACUCCCCUGGCGGACCGUGCCUUCUCCACUUUUCCUUCUUUUGGCUCUGUGGGUGCGUGGCUGGAGGCCCUGGACCUGGGCCGCUACAAGGACAGCUUCUCAGCAGCUGGCUUCAGGAGCCUGGAGGCCGUGGCCGCCAUGACUGCCCAAGACUUGAUAAGCCUGGGCAUCUCGUCAGCUGAGCACCAGGAGGCGCUCCUCAGCGGGAUCAGCACCCUGCGGACUCAAGUGCUCCAGCUGCAGGGCCAGGGAGUCCAGGUGUGACAGCCACACACUCCCAUGCCAGGCCCUGCCAAGGACCCUGGCAAACUGCGCCCCUCCAGUGCGCUCUUCCUCCACAUGGGGCCAGAGCUUCCCUCCAUUUCACUGCCUACACCUCCCAUUUUUCCUAGUCUCAAUGCCUUGGCUGAACCAGUGCCCUCAGAAAAGGAUUUCGAUUCCUGAGGAGGGUCCCCGAGAUCCUAGUGGAAGGAAAUACAGGGUCCAAGAGACAGGUGGGGUUAGUGGGGAGGAAAGAUGCAGCAAUGAGUCACCGGGCUCUUGGCCUUCUGUCUUCCAUGUACACUGGAGUCUGCCAGUGGAUGCCCUAUUCUCCUACAGACUUACUGGCCAGUGGACAGCACAGGUGACUGAUGGUUCCCAUUAUCCUUGGUGGUAACCUGAGCUGCCUGGCACCCCUCCUGCUGGCCUCCAGAGGGCUCUGUUCUUGGGCUGGGUGCUGGAUCAGAGGCCCAGGAAGCAAAGGUGGUGCUGAGCUGAGGGGCUGGACCCCAAGGGCACUAGACUCAGGAGUUAACUUCUGCUUCCCUUGCCCUGGGCUGACAGUUGGAGUUGAGGGUGAGGGUCCCAGCUGGGCCACUCAAGGUCCUGGUGCUCCCUUAAGGCCCCAGGAGACCUUCCCUUCACAUUCCUCCUACGCGCUCACUGCCUGCCACAGCUGGUAAGAGCUCACUGGAAACCAGUAAGCUGGUAAGAGCAAAAUGGGAGGUGUUUUCUCUGGGAAGAUGCAAGGGCUUUGCUGUGCAGCCUUGGAGUGUGAUGAAGAGUGGCCUGCCCCUCACUGUACAGAGAGGGAAACCCAAGACCCAGUGAGGAGUGGCAUUAAAACCCUGGUUGCCCAGCUCCCAGUCCAGGCAUGAGGUUGGCCAUGGGGAGAGAAGCUGGUCCUUCCCUGUGACACCAACACACUUCUCUGAAGGAGCUCAGGGAGUACUCAAGAGGCACCCUCUCCUGCAAGCUUUGCCAGCUUCUCCUGGCAUGCCUCCUUCCCCUGCCAGUGCAGUGCCCUGAGCUGAUGCUAGAAUUCCUUCUCCAGAAGGGAUUCCCAGAAGUGGUUAUUCCAAGGUCUGGACAUUUUUUUCAGGACAGCAGACAGGCUGCUGGCUCUGGAGAGAAGGCCACUGGGGCUAGGUUUGUCCAUGUCAUCCCUAGCAAUAGGCCUCAACUAGGUUUGGCUGUGUGUGUGUGUGUGGGGGGUGCAGGAAAACUGUAGCGGUGGAGUAAAGGAGUGAGUGACAUCCAGAGCUGGCCUUUGGAGGGCUUAGACAGGCGGGGAAGGGGAGCUCAGGCACCAAGGAGCACCACAAGGGUGCCUCCCAACACUGCCUAGGAGACCCCUGGGGUCUGUGGACUAGGGGUGGGGUUCAGGGUGCAGGUGAACACUGUUAUGUUAUGACUGUGUCAAGAGGGGUGACAGGUGACUGGAAGAGCUUCCUGGCUUAAAGGCUUUAGGAGAAAGCCUUGAAAGUGGGGAGGGUUCUCUUUCUGGGCUAGCUUGGAAAGAAGUGGGGGCUAGAAGAUUCGGCCCAUCUUUGGGGAGCCCCCUGAGUGGGAAUGGUGCCUCACAGCAGUGCCUUGGCUUCACCCUGCCGGCAGUCACUUUCCUCUCCUUCAUGUCCCCUCACCUCCUAGUCCCACCCACCCCCCAUAUUUCCUGAGUACCUGCCCCAAUUCUUUGACUCUGGAGUGUUGGGGAGACUGCUUCCACCUUUGAUUAGCCUGGGAGGUCUCUUGCUGGAUGCCCUCCAGCCCCAUCCCUCUGCCUGUGAGGACCAGUGUCCAGUGCCCACCUUGGGUGGAGGGAGCCCCAUCUCCAGCAACACCAGUGUUAUUCUGCAGGUCACGGCCCCUCCCUUCUCCCCCAGCUGCUUUGCAGAGGAGCCCUGGCUGUGUCGGCAGGACUUCGGAGUCCAGGGUAGAUCUCCCCUUCCCUGAGGAGUGAGGUCCCAGAAUUCUGAUGGGUCUCAGGCCUCAGCCCUGCACAGGGAUACCGGGUUGCUGCAGGCUGGUGGCUCCCCGGGAGCCCUCUACAGAUCUAUUUUUAUAUGGAACCUGUUCACUGGACGGGAGGUGGGGGGGGGAGCUCUGACCUCCCAGCACCCUGGUCUGAGCCAAUCCAGGGAGGGGGUUGGGGAAAGUGGUUCCUUUGCCUAAUUCUGGAGAUGUUUUUGUAUUUCUUGAGUUCUGUAUGCAGGACAAAGAAAUAAAAACUUGUCUGUGA